AUUUCUACUUUCCAAGCAGCCUUGACUCCUGGACAGUUUCCUGCAUGUUUCGUGGACCCGUUUUCAGAAGGGGAUUCCCUCCCCUCCUCUUUCCUAGGCUGAGAGAAGCGACCUGCCGAAGUCGCUUCUGCUGGCCUUGCAUGCAAGGCUGCAACCCCGUGUGCAAGAAGUUGGAUAGAAGUUGUGCAAGGACUGGAACUCGGUUUCCUGGUUUCCAGCCUUUCUCCACCAAGUGGUUCUUUCAGCACACAUGAUGCUCCACAUCAUGUUAAACAAUAUCUAAGUUGGAAAUCUUUCCUGGUUCCUCUGGAGUCCAGAUUAUCUUUUGUGGGAAGAGGGCUAAAUCACCCUAGGAGAUUUGGCUAGACCUCUUGUGAAAUCCAUUCCUCCAUUUUGGAUCUGGAUUAGAGACCAGAGACAAGAUGGAGGGACAACGCCCAGCAGAUGCAGGUGUUGGAAAAGGCCUUCCAGCUACUCAGCCUUGGAGCUGUGGGGAAAAUGGGGCAAGUCCUGGGCAGAAGAGCCAAGAAGAGGAAGCCAACACUUCGGAGAUCCAAUACUGUCACUUCAGAAAAGUGCAGUUCCAGGGGGGGAAGAGUCCCCAAGAUGUUUGCACUCAGCUUCACCACCUUUGCUGUCAGUGGCUGCAGCCAGAAAGACACAUGAAGGCUCAGAUGCUGGACCUGGUGCUCCUGGAGCAGUUCCUGGCUGUCCUUCCCCCAGAGAUGGAGAAAUGGGUGCGGGAGUGUGGAGCGGAGACCAGUUCCCAGGCGGUGGCCCUGGCUGAAGGCUUCUUGCUGACCCAGGAGGAGGAGAAAUUGCAAAAAGCAUUGCAGAAAUCCUUGGAAACUUUGACUGAAUAUCCCAAGGGGAGGAAAGAUUCAUUCAGAUCUUCUCAAGAGCUGCUGUUCAGGGAGACUUUACACAAAGAUCAAACUCACGAUACCACGCCAGAGAGUAGAAAACUGUCCUUGGAAAUUUUAGAAUCACCUCCUCUUUGUGGUGGGGCUGAAGGGUUGGCUGAACCGCAACUUCAGGGUGUAGUGUCUUUUGAAGACGUGGCGGUAUAUUUCUCCAAGGAGGAGUGGUCUCUACUGGAUGCUGACCAAAAAGCUCUCCAUAGAGAAGUCAUGCUGGAGAAUUCCAGGAAUCUGUUUUCUCUGGGCUUUAAUGGGCAAGAGAAUAAGAAUUGCAACGAGGAAUGCCAUGCAAUCCAUCUGAAAAAGGAAAAGGGGAAAUUUGCAGGCCAUCAGAAUGUUCCUCCCAGAGACAACACAGUAGUAUCCUAG